CGCAACAUAUUUUACGGCAUUGUCCCUCGUGUCACUGCUCCCAACAAACGGUGAAACGUUCGACUAGAAGAACCAAGACUCCGAAACACAUGGAGGCUGUUUUAAAUUGUUACGAAAAUUUAUUGAUAACUCCGACGAAUAAAGUGUACCCAAAGUCUCAGAGCAGUUCGUUGUAUCCUUGCAAAUAUCUAUCGCAGAAUAAUUAUCAGCAGUCGAGGAAAAGGCCGACGAGCAGUCAUCAACGUCAGUAUAAAAACGAGGAAGGCCGUAUGCUCUCUAUGAUCAAGAAUGUAUUAAAUUCUGGUGUAGAUUACGUACAUGAUGUUUACUGUGAAUGUCCACCGCGAUCUCUGAGAAAUAACUGUAAGAAAGAGGGUAAUAAUUGGAGGGACGAGCAGAUGGUGAUGGCAGGAAUCGCAGGCACUAUGGAAAUACAUGGGGAAACUGCGGGCAAAUAUAUACAGCACAGGAAAGGGCAAACAUGGAGUUCGAGGCAGCGCGGUGAAAAAAGCAAUGAGAAAUACGACUUGAAAGACCACGAAGACAACGAUUCGAGGUACACUAGCGGCACGUUGAGAUUCAAUUUGGCCCAGUACGAGGAUUUGAAGAAAAUGGACUCGAAACGCGUCGAGGACGAUCAAAAAGAGCAGACAAAGAAGAAGUCUUCUAUCUUGAAAACGUGCAGUUUGCAAACUUCGUUGAAAACGAAACAUAUCAAAGACGUGUCGAAGCCCAAAGUUUCAACGAUCGAUGAUUAUUCGAAAGACAAAGACUUAGCGACAGAAGAUCAAUCGACUUGUAAGCAGCGAAAACAAUCUGCCACUCGACAGGAUUCUCCUUGCAGUAGGCCGAAUGAAGAAUCGACGUCUAACGAGGAAGAGGUUAGAGAAGAUUCGUAUCGUGAGUUAAUCGUUAAAGACAAGGACCAGGAUAGUUCUUAUAGAAAGAAUAUUUUCGCUGGUGGAGACCUCGAUCUUCGUACCACUAAAAGUCACAUCCUUGGUGUGAUCGAUAAGGCUCUCAGCAAAAAUUUUGUUACAUCGUUGGAUCAGCAAAAGAAUGCAGAAUCGAGUGAAGGAUUAAUGGAGGAAGGAAUUUGUAUAGGGAUAGCGCGUACGCUGCAGGCUGAUUGCUGUCAACCGCUUGCAGAGGAUCUAUUCAAUCACUGUGAAUCGAGGGAAGAGUACAUACAGAAGCUGAAAAUUCUUAAGUGGGAGUAUAUGAAACUCAUUCAGAACGAGUUUAGGAAACUGUGGAAGCUACAACAAUUUCUGGACAAUUAUUCACCGCGACAACCUUUAGCAGCAACGUUUCAACCACAUUCGAGUCCGGUCGAGCAACGAACCGAGGAAUGGCAGCAACAGCAACACGAGGAGAAACACAAAAAUUUGGGAAAGAUUUCUUGA